CAACUAUGUAUAAAGGAAACAAUAAACAACAAUAUAGUUUUAAAUAGUGCAUCACCCUUGGAUAAAUACUUAAUUUUAGACUAUCUUGAUAUAUCAAUUUCUGCCCAAUUCAGAGAUAUGAAUGAAGUUCCGACUCGGCAAUGUUCUCCGAGGUUGACGUGAAUGCCUCUUCCCACAUGGAAUGUAAAAACGGUUUCUCCGACAGGACUUGAACGGCCCAUAAAGUUCACGCUACUUUCAUUUAGCUUAUAGGCGGCUAAUAGCUUGGAAACCGAAAGUUAAGCAGAGACACCCGUCAAGAUGCAACUAUGACAAGCGGCCAUUUCACCUAGUCACCUUUAACGACGACUUGUCAACAUAACCCUGCUAUCGUCGGUAUCGUUGUGCUUCACAGUACUCCACCUUGGUGUGGUCUAGGUGUUUAGUAGUAAGCAAUGGAGGAGGGCGGACAUCCCUCUGAGAAACACAUGGAUGAAUACUUCAAGUCAAUCGGACUAGUGAGGAAGAAGAUCGCUAAGGAUGGGUCGUGUUUGUUCCGGGCCGUGGCCGAACAGGUGCUGCUGUGUCAAAGUCGUCACACACAAGUCCGCGCGGGGUGUGUGGAGUUCUUGAAAGAGAACAGAGAGCGCUAUGAGGCGUUCAUUGAAGGAGACUUUGAUGAAUACCUCUGCAAGAUCCAAGACCCCCAGCACUGGGUUGGGCAGGUGGAGAUGCACGCUCUGGCUGUACUUUAUGAGAGAGAUUUCUGGAUUUUCCAGGAACCACGGAAACCUGCUUUCAAGGUCACAGAACACGGUUUUAAAGAUCAGGUCCAGUUGUGCUUCCUGAACGGGAACCAUUAUGACAGUGUGUAUCCUGUCAGCCACAUCCAGAAUACUGCUUUCUGCCAGUCCCUCCUGUACGAGUUGCUGUAUGAGCGUGUGUUCGGGGAGCCCUGGGCGGUGGGUGCGUCCCAGCGCUUCUGGAGGAGCUCUGAGCUGACAGACGAUCACAUGACCGCCUGCCCUAGCAGCGACGAAUCAGAGACUGAAGACCCUAUAUGGAUCGAAAUAGAACCCCCCAAGGAAGGUGGCCAGCCGAACAGGGGGCGUGGUCGGGGGCGUGGCCGAGGGCGGGGCCCAUCAGAGAGAGUGAGGCGCUCCUUGAACCCCAAUCUGAUGAGGAAUGUGCAUUAUGACGGCUGGCUCGCCUCCAAGAGAGCCCAGCAGAAGAUGGACUUCUGUAUGGCAGCAGGAAUGCAGUACUCUGAAGGAGACCGAUGCCAGGUGUGUCUGGAGGGAGGUGGGCGGAGCUACAGUGGGGCAAUCAGGAAGGUGUCUCCUAGCAACGGCCCUCUCACAGUGUAUAUUGAAGAGCUGGGCAAGACAGUGCCCGUUCCUCUGGUGAAUCUGCGUCCUAUGAGUGAGACCUGCUGGAAGACAGUGGCCAGCGGAGAGAAGAGGACCAAUGGACACGCACCAGAAUGGGUGGAGGCUAAAGGCAGGGGAAGAGGCAGGCUGCUCCCGUCGGCAGCGCCCCCCCCCGCCCCCUCCUCCACCAAGGUGACGCAGCGAGGCCAUCCUGGCCACAUGCAGAAGCAGACCUCCUGGCCCCCCAAUCCAAAGGGGGACCCGCAGGCACACAGAGCCAGCAGGGGGAGGUCGGCCACCUGUGGGGACCUGCAGGUGACUGGGGAGGACUCCCGGGAGGACGAGGACGAGGAGGAGGAGCUGAAGGCAGCUCUGCUGGAGAUCCAGCUCAGAGACGAGGACAACUUCCCAGCGCUGGCGGCAGUUGCCCGUGGGAAUGGUGGGAAGAGGAGGGGAGGAGAGGGGAUGAGUCAACUGAAGAGCGGAGUCACUACCGGUCAGAAGGAUGCACCCCCCCCGGUUGAGGUCCCCAGUUCAAGCCCUUCCUCCAGCCCUCCCACCCUACCGGAACACCCGGGCCCCGCCCCUACCACCUGGUUGGCCACUGUCAAGGCCCCGCUGCUCACUCAGAACACCACCUUCACCUCCACCUCCCGCCCCCUCGGGGCUGCUGCUGCUGCUGCUGUUGCUCCGCCCGCUGCCACGGCCCCCACUGCUGAACGCAGCGUCCCCUCCCCCCUCCCCACCACCCCCACCACCCCCAGCUCCUCCUCCUCUCCGCCCGUCUUCAUCACUCCUGUAGCCCCGCCUCCGGGUGGCCUCUCCCACGCCUCCACCCCUUCCUCGCCCUCCUCUACCCCUCCCCAGUCUUCCUCCUCGAGCUCCUCCCGUCACGAUCGCCCCGCCGCAGAUGUGAUGAACACGGCUCGACACAUGCAGCUCCCCGCAGCAUACGUGUCCAACCCCCCAUCACCCCAAAAUGUAGUACCCAGCAACCCUCCACCCCAAACCUCCUCCCCUCGAGACCCUACAGCUCCCACCGCUGCGCCCCAAACCCCUCUGCCACAGCCCUCUGUACCCCGUCUAGUACACGUCAUCCCUAUACCCCAACACCCGGUGCCUGAGCCUUCCGUACCCCAACAUUCUGUACCUGAGCCCUGUGUCCCCCACCAGCCUGUAGCCCAGCCCUGUGUACCCCAACACCCUGGACCCCAGCCCUGUGAAGCCCAAAAUCCUGUACCUGAGCCCUGUGUCCCCCAACACCCUGUACCCCAACACCCUGUACCCGAGCCCUGUGUCCCCCAACACCCUGUACCCCAACACCCUGUACCUGAGCCCUGUGUCCCCCAACACCCUGUACCCCAACAUCCUGUACCCCAACACCCUUUACCUGAGCCCUUCGUCCCCCAACACCCUGGAGCCCAUCCCUCUGCACCCCAACACCCUGUACCCCAACACCCUUUACCUGAGCCCUUCGUCCCCCAACACCCUGGAGCCCAUCCCUCUGCACCCCAACACCCUGUACCCCAACACCCUUUACCUGAGCCCUUCGUCCCCCAACACCCUGGAGCCCAUCCCUCUGCACCCCAACACCCUGUACCCCAACACCCUUUACCUGAGCCCUUCGUCCCCCAACACCCUGGAGCCCAUCCCUCUGCACCCCAACACCCUGUACCCCAACACCCUUUACCUGAGCCCUUCGUCCCCCAACACCCUGGAGCCCAUCCCUCUGCACCCCAACACCCUCAGCUGCAGGCGUCCAAUCCCGUACCAGGUCAGACGCCUCCGGCUUCCCAAGCCUCGGCAGACUCCCCGCCCCGCCCCUCCCACCUCCCGGUCCAGCCUCCUUACCCUCCCCCCCCCCAGCAUACCCUCAGCGCCUCCUCCUCCUCCUGGCCCGAGCCGAGCCAAGGAGGCGUCCCCCUGCAGCAGCUCUCCCAGCUCUACCAGGACCCCCUCUACCCUGGCUUCCCUGUGGGGGCCGCAGGCGAAAUGGUGCCCAACCCGGCCUACUCCUCCAGCAAGUCCGGAGAUGACCUGCCACGCGAUGUCAACGUCCUCCGGUGGUUCUUCAACCUGGGAGUCAAGGCCUACUCCAACCCCAUGUUCCAGCCCUACAUGUACCUGCUGCCCCUUCAGCAGGCCCACGCCAUGCACCCCCCUCCCCGGGGGCCCCUCCCCACAGGGCGCACACCCCUCCCCCCCGCCGCCCUGGCAACAAGCGACUCCGCCGGGCCACCCGUCGGGGUACCGCUCCCCGGGCCCCGGGCCCCGGUACCCUGGCCCUCAGUCUCCAGGGCUCCAGCUCUACCCCUCAGACCGGCAGCAGUCUCCCCAAGGCAGGUCUCCCGGCCCUGGCCCCCGACACCCAGAGGGCUACGGCGCUACCGGAGGGAGCAGAGCCAACGCACCCUCUGAAACCAUGUUGGCCGGCGUUGGAUCGCCUGCAGCAGGUGUGCUGGCUGACCAGGGUUACCAUGGUCAGAGACAGGUUCUCCUGCUCGACCCUCCAAUGAACAACAUGCCCAUCUGGGUCCCUGAACCCAAAUUCCAGGACUCCAUGGUUGCCGGGACGUCAACGCCCCAUGG